AUAGCAGCGUUGGUCCAUGGAAGACGGCAACAUGGACUCAGCCGUACCGCGCGCCAGCAGACGCAGAACCAGGUCUCGCCAGUAACGGAAGAUGACAUCGGCCUGAAGUUGCUCCGCGAUGCACCGGCAAAUGCAUCCCAGAUCAUUGACAUUGUCGCGAUCCACGGCCUCGGCGCCCAUCCUGAUGAGAGCUGGUGCGCGAAUGCGGGCACUAGGGAAAGCCCGCAGUGGGUCAACUGGCUCAACGAGGAAAACAUGCUACCGGCGUUGGCGCCGAACGCGCGCAUCAUGCGAUAUGGAUAUGAGUCGCAGUGGUUCGGCAAGGAGAUAAUGCAGCAGAGCGUUUCUACAGUAGCAGAGCGGUUACUAGAAGCCUUGCACCGAAUGAGAAAGGAUGUUUGGUUUCGCCCACUGUUAUUUAUAGCGCACUGCUUCGGAGGGCUGGUUGUGCUCAAGACACUGUUUAAAGCCCAGCAAUUCCAGGAGAAAUGGUGUGGAGUAUUUAAAUCGACUACUGGUCUAAUCUUCUUUGGCACACCAUUCCGAGGCGCGGAAGGCAUGAAUCAAAUGGAAAUGCUGGAGGCAGCGCGCCGCGAGUACCACGAGGAUCAAGGACGUGGUCAACGACUACUUGGAAAUAAUGCAGGGACAGACAAACAAGACAAAGAUUGCAUGCUUCUAUGA